UUUCUAUAUAAUUAGAAUUUAUUCAAAAAAUAAAUAUUAAUACAGCAACAAAGAGGAUACGAAUAAACGAAAAAUAUUUUUUUGUACAAUAUAGAAAGUACCACUGCUUUUUAUUAUUUUGUUCGCGUUAAAUGCCGUAUUAUCAAAAAGAUCCAAAAAGAGAAUCAUUUACGAGGAUCAGGAUCGUAACAACAAAAAGACCAAAAAAGGGUGUCUUUGUAAUCGACUUGAUAGAUGGCGCUGAUGUUAUUGCCGUUUACGCUCUCUACCGGUCAUACAUACCUACUAAUCAAAACUACUUAAUUCGUCUACUCUGGUGGAUAGUUUAUGAUAACGUGAAGUGAUUAAAUUUGGCGGAUUUAAGUCUUGUUGUCGCAUAGCAAUAGGAUAAUCGUGAUUUGAAAAAUAUAAUUUGCGUGUUUAACAAUUGAUAAAUAAAAAGAAUCACACCAAUAUGGUUCAACAAUACCAAUCACCUGUUCGAGUUUAUAAGCACCCAUUUGCCCUUGUCAUGAUGGCCUAUGAACGUAGAUUUCCUACAUGCCCUCAGAUACCAGUAUUUGUAGGAUGCGACAUUACAUUAGAUGAAGAAAGCGAAGAUGGUGCAAUUAGAACGACAGAAAGAAGAUGUAAAUUAAAUGUUGAAGCACCAUAUAUUCUGAAAAAAAUCAUUGGAGUAGAUUUUGUUUAUUUUAUUCAAAAGAAUAUAUUAAAUAGGCGCAAGAGCGUUUUGGAAAUAGAGGCAUACAAUGAGAGCUUCUCUUCUAGAGUAACAGUUCUUGAAAAAUGUAGAUACUUUAUUCAUCCUGAAAAUUCAGAAUGGACUUGCUUUGAACAAACUGCAAGUUUAGAUAUUAAGAACUUCUUUGGAUUUGAGAAUUCAAUGGAAAAGUUGGCAAUGAAGCAAUAUGCUCAAAAUAUUUCAAAGGGAAAAGAAAUAAUUGAAUAUUUUAUCAAUCAAUUAAAAGAAGAAGGUAUAACUUACGUAGCUCCUUGGAGAGAUCUGGAAGAAGAAACUGCUAAAGAAAAAGAGAAAUAUGUGGGUGAUAGUAGUGAAUUACAUAGUGACAAAGAAGUAUGUAAUGUCGAGAACAAGUUGUCUAGUAAUAGAGAGAUACAGCUCUCAUCAGACUAUAUAGAAAGAUAUUUAGGAAAACUAGACAUGAUGCAAGAGAGCAAACUAAUACAAUUACGACAUAGUAUAGAAGAAUUAAGAGGUAGUUCUGUACCAGCUGAUGCAACGCUACUGAGGUUCUUAAGAGCUACAGAAUUUUCAGUAGAAAAGGCUAAAGAUAUGUUGACACAGUCAUUACACUGGAGGAAAAAACAUCAAAUUGACAAACUCCUUGAAGAGUAUGAAACUCCUCAAGUAAUUAGAGAUUAUUUUCCAGGUGGUUGGCAUCAUUUUGAUAAAGACGGACGACCACUUUAUAUAUUGAGAUUAGGUCAAGUUGAUGUGAAAGGUCUCCUUAAAUCAACUGGAGAAGAUGAAUUAUUAUUAUUGGCAUUGCAUAUUUGUGAAGAAGGACUUCUUUUAAUGGAUGAGGCCACUACUGUCUGGGGCCAUCCAGUUUCACAAUGGUCUUUGCUAAUUGAUUUAGAAGGUCUAAAUAUGCGCCAUCUUUGGAGACCUGGUAUAAAGACACUUUUACGAAUUAUUGAAAUAGUAGAAGCGAAUUAUCCCGAAACAAUGGGACGUGUUCUCAUUAUACGGGCACCCAGAUGUUUUCCUAUAUUAUGGACCCUCAUCAGUACAUUCAUUCAUGAAAAUACGAGAAAAAAAUUCAUAUUCUAUUGUGGUACAGACUACCAAGAACAAGGAGAAGGUGGUCUCAGCGAUUAUAUAGAAUCAGAAUUUAUUCCUGACUUUUUAGGUGGUUCAUCUGAGGAAAGUAUAUAUGAAGUAUUCACGGUACCUCGAAGAUAUUAUAUUUUCGACGCUGCAGCCAGCAAUCUUACAGACAGUAUUUAUAUAAUGGAAGGCGGAGUUGUGCCAAAAAAUUUGUAUAAAGUUGAUCCAGAGAAUACAGCUUGCGAACACGAGCAUAGUUUGUAUCAUUCUAUCAGUUUGAGUCGCGGACAAAGUCAUCACGUUACGAUUCAAUGCGAUGAUCCAGGAGCUGUUCUUACAUGGGACUUUGACGUAAUGCGACACAAUGUAAUAUUUACUGUGUUACAUAAACCGAAAGAUCAUGAUACUAAUCUUUCCACGGAAAUUUCGGAAUUUAUGCCAUGUAAUGAUCAUGAAAUAACUAUGUCAAAAGAAUCAAAAGAAGGCUUUGUAAAAGUGGAACCAAGUAUUGUAUGUCAUGAUGGUGAAAGCAUUCAGGGUACACACAUAAUGCAGGUUGCAGGAAUUUAUAUUUUGCAAUGGCAGAAUCAAGAAGAACAAGGAGAAUUUCUCUCAUCUAUAAGCUCUCAUAAGGCACAACUUAUGUAUUUUUAUGAAACUUUACCAUCAGUACAUUACAGGGGAUCUAUGUUGAGCUUACAAUCUGCAGUGAGUGGACGAUCUGUAGCAAGUUCAUCUUUAUCUAGAUGAGAAG